AUGAAUCCCAUGAUUCCUUCUCCGCACGCUCUGCAGCCCUCGGCGCUGGCAAAACUCUCACUGCGCGACAAGCUGCUCCUCGCACAGGCCGUGCACGAGAUCGGCACAUCUCCACCGGACUGGGGUCGCGUGUCCGCCCUUUUGCUCGCACAUCCGCUCAUCCGUCAACAGUCUCGUCUCGAGCAAGCUGCCAAUGCCGGCCUCACGCUCGGUCGCAUCUUUGGCACCCGCGAAUGCGAGCGUGCGUGGAUCGCCCUCAUGCGCCAACGUGGGCUCGUGCUGGGCAAAGACGAGGUCGCUCCAGAACCGGUGACACCCACCACACCAAAAACGAAAGAAGCGCGUGGGCUGCAACCCAGAACAGACCGCCGCUCGCAGCUCGCACUCGCCCAGCUGCUAUACGCAGAACGUAUGGAGGAGCUCAAGGAACAGAUCAAGGAGAAGGAGGAGCAGUUCAAGAGCUUGGUCAAGGAGAUCGACGAGAUCAAGUCUGGCAAAGCGGAUGCACGGCUUGAAAUGGAGCUGCGCAUCGAGAUGGAAAACCUGGCAAACGGGCCACCACUUCCACCCUCUACGCCGGUCAGUGCGGCAGCGUCUGUGGCCGGACCGACGACACCCGCUUCCACCGCCUCGACCACGCCCAAGAGCGCCAAGGCAAAAGGACGCGCACGAGACGAAAGCUCGGCAACCGCGCCUGCAGCGGAUGUGUCCUUGGUGUCACCCGCUCGUUCCGACGUCACUGGCACCAGCUCUGCGCCCAACAGCGCAAGCAAGAAAGCCGCUGAUUCGGCCAAGACCAGAAAGCCCGACGAUAGGCGAGCAAGCUUCGAGGAUUCCCCCACCAAGCUCGUCCCUGGACCCACAGCUUUGCCUACCACGCCGUCAAUAACGCUCCCGCGACCAUCGACGGAAGCGGCAGCAACAACAACUUCAGGCGCAACUCCGGCUGCAAAUGCGACGAAUGGAGAAGCAAGCACGGGUGUCAGCACAACAGACAAACCGGCUGAGGCCAUGACGACGGAAGAAGCAGAAAAGGCGGUAGCAAGCGCCGCGACCGAAGCGGCAGUUAAGGUGUUGCAAGAUGAGACGGCAGCGAGCAAGAUUCUUCAGGCCGAGGUGGACAAGGCAGCCGAACAGCUGGUGGAGACCGAGACGAAUAUGGAGCUCUCGGCGCAGGCUGAGGGCAAUUCGAGUUCCAAGGAGCCGCUGCCACCAACUUCAACAGAAGCCUCAACAGCAGCAACCGUCGGUCAGGAGAAAGCCCAGGCAACACAACCAACGGUACAACCGAACGAAGCACCAGCAGCCGAUGUGGUGGUCAAAGAGAAAGAGCCUGCGCCAGCCACAUCGACUUCGCAGGAGGGGGCGGCCACUAAGGCGGCUGAUGCUUCUGCUGCGCCGGGCACUGACUCGGAUGCUACUGCGAAGACCGACGCCGCUGCGAGCACUAAGCGCAAACGCGAUGCAUCAGACGCAGAGCCGAAAGACGAGCCAUCAGCUAGCGCGGCUACAGCAGCGCAGGCAAAGGCAGCAGCAGUCCAGUCCGAGACUGCAUCGCCCACCAAGAAAGCACGCACAGUCGAGGUGGAAAAGGUGCCCUCGUCCGACGUCGAGAUGGACAGUGAGGAUGAAGCCGAGGCAGCGGUGGGCGUGGACGAUGCUCAGGAGAAGAAGGAGGACGAUGCGAUUGCUGACGAGGCAGGCAAGCAGGCUGUUUCGACGCAAGAGUCUGCAGCUGAGGUGAUUGAUAAGAAAGCGAAAGAGGCGGCCAAAGAGAAGGAGACGGCGAUGGAGGUAGAUAGUGACGACAGCAGCGAUAGUGAUAGUGAUAGCGAAAGCGAGGAAGAGGCAGAGGACCAGGUCAAACCGGUCGCGUCGCCCCGCAAGCGGUCUCCUGUCAAGGACGAAGAGGCGACGCCUGACGCGGCUUCCAAGGACGCCGUCACUGACAGCGACAAGGCCGAAGCUGAAGCGGAGAGCGAAGAGUCCACUGCCUCACCCGUCAAAGAAGGCGCAGAUGCUCAGAAGGACACCGAUGCCGAUGAAGAGCAGGAAGACGAAGACAAGCAAGCCGAAGCCGCCGCCGCCGCCGACUCGGACGCUGCAUCAGACGACGAAGACCGCAAACCUUCGCGCGCCACUUCGCGCAGCACCCCGCUCCGCCAUCGCUACUCGUCCUCCACCUCGUCCCACCCCGCCAAACCCACACCGCCGCCGACCACGUCGGAACGCGAAAAAGCCGCGGCGAAACGCAAGACGGCCCAAGUGCUCUCGAUGCUGCUCACCGAAGUCUCGAACCACACGCACGGCAACCUCUUCCACGCUCCCAUCAAGGAGCAGGACGCCCCGGACUACUACCUGCUCAUCAAGCAGCCGCUCGACAUCAAGACGAUCAAGGCGCGCAUCAAGGAGGGCAGCAUCUCGAGUGCCAAGCAGCUGCGGAAGGCCUUGACGCUCAUUUUUGCCAACAGUCUGAUCUACAACCGGCCGGGGACCGAGGUGCACCGGAUGGCGAGCGAGAUGUUUGCAGCUAGCGAGGAGAUCUUCCGCCGGUUCGAGGGUACGCAGAGGUUUUGA